GACCCACAUCACCUUAAUUUGUUACCACCAAUGUGUGAAAUUCGGGUUAACCAUGGAUUGGAUUAGAUAACCAUGGGUUAAGCAAAGAGAGUGCACCACCACAUAAGAAGGUUAUCUACAGUCCCAGAAAACACCAAAAUUAUUAAAACAAUCUCUCUAACCCCCAUCCCCUUUUCCCCUUUCCAUCUAUGGACCACUAGACCAUUUUCACUAUUCCAUCUUAAUUGUUCAUGGACAUACCCUCCCCACCCACCACCACCAUCACCACCACAACCACCACCCCCACCACCACAACCACCAAAAACCUUGACCCGGAUGAUCGGAUUCAACCCACCCAUAUCCCAAAACACCUCCCACCACCCUUCACAAAUGGUGUACUCAAGAGGCACAAGCCACACCACCACCACCACCACACCCCAGUUGUGGUGACUUAUAAAGAAUGUUUAAAAAACCACGCCGCAUCCAUGGGCGGACACGCCCUAGACGGAUGCGGCGAAUUCAUGCCUUCACCGAUGUCGAGUCCCACGGACCCGACAUCGAUAAAAUGCGCAGCAUGCGGCUGCCACCGCAACUUUCACCGCCGCGACCCUGAUGGAUCAUUUCCAACCAACCCACCUAUACAACAUGUCAUCGAAUACCAACCCCACCACCGCCACCACCCACCACCACCACCUCACCCGAUCUCCGUCGCCGGAGUUCAAGAAUCCAGCCUAAGUCCGGCAGACUCCCCAUCUCCACCACCGAUCUCCUCCUCAUACUACCCAUCUGCCCCCCACAUGCUCUUAGCUCUGAGCUCCGGCUUACCGGCCCCACCGCCGGAACUACCCAUCUCCGGCGGAUCAAACUCCGCCGGAAAAAAAAGAUUCCGUACAAAAUUCACACAAGAUCAGAAAGAAAAGAUGCAUGAAUUAGCCGAGCGGGUAGGGUGGAAGAUGCAGAAGAAAGACGAGGAUUUAAUCAUCGGAUUUUGCAACGAAAUCGGGGUCGAAAAGGGAGUUUUCAAGGUAUGGAUGCAUAACAACAAGAUGACGUUUGGGAAGAAAGAUGUUAGUCAGCAUAUAGACAGUGGAUCUUCUGGUGGUGGUGGUGUUGAUUUUAUGACAAAUAGCAACCACCAACACCACCACCACCAAGACCACCACCACCAGCAGCAGCCGCAGCAAAACGACAGCGUUAGCAGUGGCGGUGGUAAUGUUACCGGCACUAAUGGGUCAUCGUCAUCUUCUUAAGUAAUUAAUCUUUUAUGGAUAAUAAUGAAUACUUAUUUUAAUUAAUAGAUAGAGCAAGAGAGAAGAAGAACAAGAAUAUGAAAAUGAGGCUGUCGUUUUUUUUUUUUUUUUUUUUUUUUUUUUUUUUUAUAAUUAAGAUUAGUUUACUUAUAUUAGAAUCUUUGGUUGAUUAGUAAAUUAGUUAAUCCUUGUUUUAAUCCAAAUAAGGAAAGUUCUAGCUGAAGUAGGAUUUUAUCCCAAUGAUAUUAUAUUAAAUUAAUCGCUUUUUAAAUUAAUUAAUAUUGUUUAAUCAUCUGAGUUGUUUUGGGAUCCUGAGUAUUAAAUUCGUUUUGACUUGUUUAUUAUUAUAUUUGGUUUGAUUAUUGUGAGAAGGGUUUCAUAUGAUUCAUAAUAAUUUAGUCAUAACAUGAUGUUUGUAUCUAAAACUAGUUGAUGCCCCGCCCGCGUUGCGGGGCGAUAGCCGAAUAAUUCUCAACCAAUUAAAAAAACAGUAUUAUAGUUUUGUUAGGAAAAAAAAAAACGAUGACAAGACCGUAGUUCUGAGCUCAGGGCAAAACUAUAGUUUGUCAGGAUUAAUGAGCGAAUGUUAGGCAGCUCCUUGACAUGGAAAAAAAUUUAAUCCAGUCAACCAAUUAAAAAACACUUUUAUAGUUUUGCUAAAAAAAAACUAAAACGAUAGCAAUACUGUAAUUUGAAGUGAGGGCAAAGUUGUAUUUGUUGACUUGGGUAAAAUCGUAAUUUGCCAAAAGUUAAAGUGAUGGUAAUGCUAUAAAUUUGAAUCGGAGACAAAAUCGUAAUAUAACUAUGCACUAAAGAUAAAAUCGUAAUUUUAAGCUGGGGACAAAACUAUAUUUUUAAUUUAAACUCGGGCAAAAUCAAAAUUUUGAAAUGAUGGCAAAAUCGUAAUUUGAAUUGGGGGGCGAAAGCAUAGUUUUAUUUUGAAGCAGUCGAAAACAUAAAUUUAAACUUAAUGCGAAAUCAUAUUUUUUGAAAAGGGCGAAAAUGCAAAGUCGUCAUUUUUAGUUUGGGCAAAAGCAAAAAUUUAUUUUUAACCGGGGCCAAAAUUGUAGUUGUAAUAUGGGGAAAAUAAUAAUUUUGAACCGAGGGCAAAAUCGUAAUUUUGGGCGAGGGACAAAAACGUAAUUUCUUUUGAAGU